GUGAUUGGUCGACUGUAAAUCCCGAAGGCUGUGACUGGUCCGCAGAAACGUCUCGGAGCGCGCGCGGGAGCAGAGGCAAGCCGGUACUUCCACGGUCAUGAUGGCGCUUCGGGAUCUUGGGAGAGAUCUGCAGCCUUGGUGUCCGCCGGAUCUCAGCCUCGAAUGGGUGAACUCAGUAUGGGAACUGGACUUCACAGAGACUGAGCCUUUGGAUCCCAGCAUAGUAGCAGAGAUCCUAGAGACUGGAACAGAUGCAUUCACAAAACUCUAUGGAAGCCUUUUGCCCUUUGCUACAGAAGAAAGUGGAUCCUUAGAGAGCAUCUGGACCUUCUUCACUGAGAAUAAUAUUUCCAGUAAUACGCUGGUGGCGUUAUUCUGUCACUUUGUCCAGGAAGCACAUAAAAAAGGUGCCAGUGCGCAGCAUCGAGAAUAUGGCCUUCAUGCUGCUGGGCUCUAUUUUUUGCUACUGGAAAUACCAGGUAGCGUAGUCAAUCAGGUAUUCCACCCAGUGAUGUUUGACAAGUGUAUUCAGAUUCUGAAGAAGAGCUGGCCUCAGGAAUCUAACUUGAGUCAAAAAAGAAAAAAAGAACACCCCAGAAGUUCUAAGAAUAAUCAUAGGAGGGGCAGAAAAAGAGGAAAACCACCUAGGAAAGAGGAUGAUCAGGUGGAUGAAUUCUCAGGAGAGGAAGAAGAGGAGGAAGAGGAGAUUUAUUUUUCUGCCUGGGACCUCUCUCAUAUACGAAAUGCCAUAUUUAAUCUUCUAAGGAAUUUUUUAAGGCUUCUGCCCAAGUUUUCCCUUAAAGAAAAGCCACAGUCUAUACAAACUUGUAUAGAGGUGUUUGUUGCAUUAACUAAUUUUGAGCCAAUUCCUCAUAAAUUUCUUGUUUCACAAGCCAGGAACUUUAGUGGAGUAAAACACAUAUCAGAGCUGGCCUAUUAUGGAUUGUAUUUGCUGUGCUCCCCAAUCCAUGGAGAAGGAAAUAAGGUUAUUGGCUCUAUUUUCCACCAAAUGCUAAAUGUAAUAUUGAUGUUAGAAGUAGGGGAAAGGUCCCGUUGUGCCCCGCUUGCGAUAACCUCACAAGCCAUCAACUGCAGAAACCAGGCAGUCCAGUUUAUCAGCUCACUUGUGGAUGAACUACGGGAAGGCGUCUUCCCAGUCCUGGGCACCUUACUGCAGCAUAUCUGUGCCAAGGUGGUGGAUAAAGCCGAGUAUCGGACCUAUGCAGCACAGUCCCUGGUCCAGCUGCUUAAUAAACUUCCCUCUGAGGAAUAUGCUGCAUUCAUCGCCUGGCUUCACAAAUACUCGCGGAGUUCUAAGAUUCCACACCGGGUUUUCACUCUUGAUGUUGCUUUAGCUCUCUUAGAGCUGCCUGAAAGAGAGGUGGAUGACACUGUAUUAUUGGAGCAUCAGAAGUUUCUAAAGCAUAAAUUCUUCGUGCAAGAAAUUAUAUUUGAUCGUUGCUUAGACAAGGCACCUACUGUCCGCAGCAAAGCGCUGUCCAGCUUUGCACAUUGUCUGGAGUUGUCUGCUAGCAGCCCAUCAGAGAGUAUAUUGGAGAUCUUCAUUAACAGUCCUUUAGUUUCAGGACUACAGAGUCGCUCUAGUACUUUACAGAGACACUCAACAGUGCUUACCAGUGGAAAUUGGCAGUUGACACAAAGCAACACUGAUAAUAAUGGCGAAAGAACGCAGUCUGGAGAGAGAUGCUUCAUGGCGAUGCUGAGAAAAAGAACCAGGGAUGAAAAGAUCAACGUCAGGAAGUCUGCACUCCAGGUGUUAGUGAGUAUUUUGAAACACUGUGACAUCUUGGGCAUGGAGGAGGACCUGUUGAUCCUGCGGGACCAUUGUCGAGACCCUGCCGUGUCUGUGCGGAAACAGGCCUUACAGUCCCUCACAGAACUUGUCACGGCCCAACCUACAUGUGUCCCAGUCCAGAAAGCCUGGUUGAUGGGAGUCAUCCCAGUGGUGAUGGACUGUGAAAGCACAGUGCAAGAAAAGGCCCUGGAGUGCCUGGACCAGCUCUUGUUGCAGAACCUUAAGCAUCACAGGAAGUUUCACAGUGAGGACAGAAGCCAGGUGCUUGCUUGGGCGCUACUUGCUCUCCUUACUACAGAAAGCCAGGAUCUGAGCCGCUAUUUAAAUAAGGCUUUUCGUAUCUGGUCCAAGAAAGAUAAAUUCUCAUCCGCCUUUAUAAACAGUGUGAUAUCCCACACUGAGACGGAACACUCUGCACCAGCGUGGAUGCUGCUCUCCAAGAUCACUUGCUCAUCACCCAAGCUGGACUACACCAAAAUAAUGGAGUCCUGGGAGAAGCUCAGCAGUGAACAGUCUCCCAAUUCAAACACCUUAGGCUAUAUGCUGUGUGUCAUUGGGCAUAUUGCAAAGCACCUUCCCAGGAGCACCCGGGACAAAAUAACCGGUGUUGUCAAAGGCAAGCUGAAUGGAUUUCGGUGGUCUCUAGAGUUGAUCAGUUCGUCUGUUGACACUUUGCAGGGGCUUUGCAGAGCGUCUGCAAAGACACUGCAGGAAGAGCAGGAACUGCUGAAGCAAGUGUGUGGGGAUGUGCUCUCCACCUGCGAGCACCACCUCUCUAACAUCCUCCUGAAGGAAGAUGGAGCAGGAAACAUGAAUGAAGACCUGGUGGUGAAAUGUAUUUUUACCAUAGGAGAUAUAGCCCAGUUAUGUCCAGCCAUAGUAGAGAAGCGAAUCUUCCUUCUAAUCCAGUCGAUUCUGGCUUCUUCUUCUCAUGUGGAUCACCUUCCAUCAUCUCAAGGGAGUACGGAUGCCCUAGCCAGUCAGCUGCCUUUCCAGGUCAGAAGCUCUGCCAUGCCUUCCGUGAUUAGAGCACACGCCAUCAUCACUUUAGGUAAACUGUGCUUACAGCAUGAAGACCUUGCAAAGAAAAGCAUCCCAGCCCUUGUGCGAGAACUUGAAGUGUGUGAGGAUGUGGCUGUCCGCAACAAUGUCAUCAUUGUGAUGUGUGAUCUUUGUAUCCGAUACACUGUCAUGGUGGACAAUUAUAUUCCCAAUAUUUCCAUUUGUCUGAAGGAUUCAGACCCAUUUAUUCGGAAGCAGACACUGAUCUUGCUUACCAACCUCUUACAGGAAGAAUAUGUGAAGUGGAAGGGCUGUCUCUUCUUUCGCUUUGUCAGCACCCUGGUCGAUCCACACCCGGACAUUGCCAGCCUUGGGGAGUUUUGCCUGGCUCACUUGCUGCUGAAGAGGAACCCUACCAUGUUUUUCCAGCACUUCAUUGAGUGUAUAUUCCACUUCAACAGCUAUGAGAAGCAUGCGCAGUACAACAAGUUUUCCCAGUCAGAGAGAGGGAAGCGGCUGUUUUUGCUAAAGGGGAAGACAAACAAGGAGAAGCGAAUGAGAAUCUACAAGUUCCUUCUUGAGCACUUCACAGACGAGCAGCGGUUCAAUGUCACUUCCAAGAUCUGCCUUAGUAUUUUGGCAUGCUUCACUGAUGGCAUCUUGCCCCUGGACAUGGAGGCCAGCGAGUUGCUCUCAGAUACCUUUGACAUCCUCAGCUCAAAGGAGAUCAAGCUGUUGGCAAUGAGAGCUCAAGCGUGCAAGGACCUCCUGGAGGAAGAUGACAUGGCUCUGGCAAAUGUGGUCAUGCAGGAAGCCCAGAUGAAGAUCAUCUCUCAGGUUCAAAAGAAGAAUUUCAUAGAGAAUAUUAUUCCAAUCAUCACAUCCCUUAAGACUGUGCUGGAGAAAAACAAGAUCCCUGCUUUGCGGGAACUCAUGAACUACCUCAGGGAGGUGAUGCAGGACUACCGAGAUGAAAUCAAAGAUUUCUUCGCGGUUGACAAACAACUGGCCUCUGAACUUGAGUAUGACAUGAAGAAGUACAAUGAGCAGUUGGCCCAGGAGCAAGCUCUGACCGAGCAUGCUGAUGUGAGCAGAGUGGCUGAAGGCGGUGACAGAGCGCAGGCCGUGCAGGGUGCUCCUGACUUACAAGCUGUACCUGCUGCUGCUGACCAGGAAAAUGUUAAUGUGUCUUCAGCCAACAGCCGGACUUCAGCACCUGGGUCCAGCUUCACACCAACUUUGUCUCCCAUAUCAGAAAAUGGGCCUCUGAAGAUGAUGCCCAAUGCCAGGUCCAUGUCCCUGAGUACCAUCGCAAUCCUGAAUUCAGUCAAGAAAGCUGUAGCGUCGAAGAGCAGGAAUCACAGUCGAAGCUUAGGGGCAUUGCCUUUCAAUGUAGAGUCUGGAAGCCCAGAAAAACCCCAGAGCCAUGCAGCUUCCUUAAGCAUGGAACAAGAGUCCGAUAGAGCUGUCAGACAUGUAACUAAACGGGCAAUCAGCACCCCAGAGAAGUCCAUCAAUGAAGUCACAUUUGGAGCAGGGGUCAGUUACAUAGGGACACCAGCAACGCUGCAUUUUACCAAAGAGACAGUCGAAGCUCAGGAUCAAGGAAAUGACAUUUUGUGUUUAUCGCUGCCUGAUAAAUCGCCUCCACAGUCACCACAGUGGAAUGUCAAGUCUCUAGCCAGAAACAAGGGCAGCCCAAGAUCUAGCAGGAGGUCCCUCCGCAAGACCCCCCUGAAGACAGCCAACUGAAACAGUGUGCGUCAGCAAUAACUGAAGGCAGAGCCCUGCAGGGGCAUUUGCCAUUCCCGCGUGGAAGGGGAAAGGAUGGCGUGGCAUGGUCUGCAUGUGGAGAGACUUGCCUGUACAGUGCCAAGUCCUUUCAUAGGAUACCAACAUGGCUUUGUUCAACUUGUGUGGCUAACCAACCUUCCAUAUGUCUUUAUGUUACUGUAGUUGAGAUUUGUAAAUAUAUAAAGAUGGCAUAGACUUUUUUACAAUAACAUUAAGCUAUUUAAUAUUGUGAUAUUGUAUUUUGAGUGUCAAACCUUCUGUGGUAAGUGACAAUCUGGUCUUUAAGGAACACAAUUUUGAAACCAGUUUUCUUCUAUAUGACUGAAGUGUCUAUAGUUUCUCUGAAGUCGUUAUGAAAGAUAUGUCCCCUUGGCUAAUGGCAAAAUUUUGACUGAAAUAUUUUUCUAUUAUUUAUAAUUGCAGAUUUUAUUAAAAGAGGUGUACAGUCUUUCUAAAAUGAAGUAAUAAAGGUCAAAGAUAAAUAUAA